CUCCUACCGGUCACUCUAUGUCAACAUGGCGACGGUGGAUGUCAUUGUGGACAAUUUGGUGUCUUUGUGGAGAAUACCACCCAUCCGAAGAUACUUCCCCUGGACAUUUAUCAUUAUUUCAGUCGUGGGGUCAUGUCUGAAGGAGCUGGAAGUCGUCCCACAUACAUAUUUUAGCAGCAGCAGGAACGUGUUAAAUGUGUAUUUCGUCAAAGUGUCCUGGGGCUGGACCUUGCUGUUGCUGACCCCCUUCCUCCUCCUCUCCAACUCAUCCUUCAGCAGGAGCGUGUCCUUUCUGGGCCAACGGCUGCUGUCUCUAGUGGUUGCCACAGCCAUCUGGUACAUCUGCACUGAGACCUUCUUCUACAUAGAGGACGCUACAGGUUCAUGUUUUCAAACUAACACCAUGGAUGUUGUUAAGGAGUUCUCCUCCAAAGCCAGCUGCAGGCGGGCUGGCUUCCACUGGAUCGGCUAUGACAUCUCUGGACACUCCUUCAUCCUGGCCUACUCUGCUCUCUUCAUCGUGGAGGAGACAGCACCCAUGGGUUCCCUGAAGAUGGCCAGCCUAUCGCCUCUACCCAGGAUGGUUCUCAAUCUGCUGUAUGUGGCACUGAAUUUUAUCGUAAUCCUGUGGGUGUGGAUGUUUGCAUGUACUUCUGUUUACUUCCAUACCCUCUUUGAUAAGUUGUUAGGGACUUUGUGUGGCCUGUUAGGGUGGUACCUGACAUAUCGAGUGUGGUAUUUAAAGCCUUUGUCACCAGGACUCCCUCCUCAGCGCCAGCCAAAAGAACAGAAAUAACAUGCAUAAGCUGCUUUAAUUUUUUUUUUUUAAUAACAUCAUUGCCAAUAUUACAUCUGUUCUGUUCACCUCAACUCUUUACAGUUGGAUGUUCUCAUUUACUGGGUCCAAGUGAUUCAUGCUAUUUAAAGUUAUUCCCUCCGUUCACAAAGGUCAUUUGUUCAGGAUGACUGGCUUGCAUUUUUUUCUGCAGUGGCUGGCAGCUGUUCUGAGAAUGACUCCUGGCAAUCUUGAGAUAAAAGCAAAGCGCUAAUUCACCUUCCAGCUUCAGCCUCUGUGUUACACUAUUACUUGUCACCCAGAUUGUUGCCUUGUUAUGCCUUUACUCAUAAAUGAAAGUGAGUAAUUGCUGUUUUUAGGUUUCUGAGUGGGAACACUUGAGAAUGUUUACAGCUCCUGUUAAGUCGCACUGAUCUAAAAAUGUAUUGUAGAUAUUGACUGAUUUUUAUAAGACACUACCUUAAGAUCAAGGAUCAGCCACUGUAACAACAGCGGAGCUAUGUUUUGUCCUAUUUUAAAAGGAUUUUAAGAGAUUUUCAUUUGUGUCAUAUGAUUUGGUGUCUUGGGACUGUGUGUCAACACAAUAUGUAUAGUUUGGACUUAGAGGUUGAUUAAUAUAAGCAAUGCAGGAACUAUUUUAAUCAGACCUGUAAAUGCAAAUUAUUAUUAAAAGGUUUUAAAGACCAA